GUGACGUGAAGUAAAGUCAAGUGAAUUUGUCAGAAAUGGAGAAGAUAUUGAUUGCGUUGUUAUUGUUCGCAGUAGUUGUCACCUAUCCAAGUGUUGUUCAGUGUGAUGGAGAUGAUGACGCUUCUACGAAGAAGGCUGUCGCCGCUGAUGCGAAACCACCAAGUUCACCAUUGAAAAAAGAAGCAUCACUUGCACGUAAAUCACCAUCGAAGCCACAUCGUCGACCAGCUAAAGGAAAACCCAUAGAACCCUGGAAAUCUCUAUUAGGUAUGUACUGAGACUGGUUGGAGACUUGGUGAAGUUGGGGCAUGCAUGCACACACGCGAGCAUGAGAUGCAGUGCAUUACAACUUCUUCAUUCUUAAUAGUAUCAUUUUUUAGCUAAUGGCUGAAUAAAUCUUCC